AUGUCUACUUACUUUCAAAUCGUUUGCCAUUUUUAUGUCCGUCAUUCGUGUUUCUCUAUAAUCUAUUUUAAUAUUUUCAGAACGACACUAAAAAUGAUUCUAUCCAAAUAUCCGAGCUUGGUCCAGCAAGAAAUACUCGAGAACUUGAAUAAUAUUGAUCUACUUUUUCUUUCCUUUGCCUCGAAAAAGAUGAAGAAAUUGAUUAAAUCGACCCAAAUGAACAGAUUUAAAAGUAUCAAUUCUAUUGGGUAUUACUGUGAUAGUACGGAUCAAAUAUGGGUGUUAAUGAACAAAUCCUCAGCGAAUGUGUGUUUUAGCUAUAGGGGCAGAGGCAGAUUCAUGAGAAUUGUCGUGCACAGCGAGACUGAAAAUGAUUAUUUUCAGUCGAAUGUAUCUGGAAAGAUUAUUGAUUUUCGAUUUGAAUACGAAUAUUGUUUGGCAUUUUAUCGUCAGCCUGAAAAGGAAUCUGUAAUCAAAUCGAUCCACAAUUAUUUUCUUGACUACUUCGGAAGUUCUGUGGAGUAUCAUUGGAGAGCGGGAGACUUAACAGAAUACUCGAGAAGAAAGGGUCACAAUCCUUUUAUUCCACCACUCCGAAAUGUAUCAUUCUGUGUUAAUACAUCGCUCAAUUGGGACUUUGCUAAUAUGGAACAAGUUGAAACCUUCUUCUCCUCAUCUCCUAUUUUCAAAUCGAUUAGAAUGAACGCCAUCGAAAUAACGGAACCACUCAAUCCAGAGUCCAAGUUCUACCAGGCGGAUUCGAUUGAAAUCCACCAAGACAAAGUUACUGUUCCUGCUGUUUUACGGCAUUUUCAAGGAAGACAGGCUAUCAUCAAUUGCAACGAAUACAAAACUUCAGAUUUAAUCGAGUUUUUGAUUAGAUGGAAAUCCGGAGAAGCAUUUCAGAAGCUGGAAUAUUUGAAAAUUGAAAUGGGUAGAACCCCCCGAGUCCGAUUUUUGAAUGCAAUUCGAUUAAAAUAUAUAGAUGAAACAAAACAACCACCAACCCACAGUUUACCAAAAAUAUAUGAUUGGUAUGGUCGAAUCAAACAUACGGAAUCAAUCACCAGCCACAAAUAUGUCGUUAGAGCAACUGAUAAUCGUGUAGCAUCUAUUAAGGUUCGGAGGGAGAUACUCUGGUUUGGAGUAUGGGACAAAACAGAGGAAGAGUUUUUGAGAAUUAUGGAUUAA